AUGAAGGAUCCAAGACUGUACACCCGUGCACUCAUCAUCUGCCAGUCGAUCGUCACCUCUAUCUACAUCGCGAUUGGAGUUGUCGUCUACUUUUUUGCUGGAUACUACGUCGCAUCUCCAGCCCUUGGGUCAACGGGCCCACUCCUGAAGAGAGUCUGUUAUGGUCUCGCACUCCCUGGUCUUUGCGUGAGCACCCUCUUGUUGUCACAUUUGCCGCCGAAGUACGUCUUUCUCCGCAUCCUCCGUGGCACCAAGUAUGUCUCCCAGAACACGUCCAUACAUUACGUGACAUGGUUCAGCUGCACAGCCGGCACAAUCAUCAUUUCCUAUAUCAUCGCGAGCGCCAUUCCAGUAUUCGGUGGCUUGGUGUCGCUCGUCGGUGCUCUUCUGGGUACUCUUCUCUCUAUCGAACCUUAUGGUUGUAUGUGGCUCUACGAUCACUGGCAUGGUCAGCGAACAACCAAGUGGACGCUCAUGGUCGGCUAG